AUUAUGAUCCAACUUCCUGGGUGGAGACAGCUGCCUCUCCCGAGUAUUUUCUGUUGCUGCGAAUGGUGUGUGAACGUAAAUAUGUCCAUUCUGUGAAACAUUAAGAAAUGUAUCACUUAUGUGCGGAAGAGGCGAAAGACCGUUAUUGUAACAAAUUAGGUAAACCAUCAUGAUCCCCAUCACAGAGCUCCGGUACUUUGUUGACACCCAGCCAGCGUACCGCAUCCUGAAGCCAUGGUGGGACGUCUUCACAGACUACAUCUCCAUUGUCAUGCUCAUGAUCGCCGUGUUCGGGGGCACGCUGCAGGUCACCCAGGACAAGAUGAUUUGCCUGCCCUGCAAGUGGGUGGUCAACAAGUCCUGUGAGUACCUCAAUGUGAGCUUCCCAGACCCAUUUGCCUCUGAGCCCAAAGGCAUCAAGUAUGAACUCGAUCGGCACCAGUACAACUACAUUGACGCGGUCUGCUACGAGAACAAGCUGCACUGGUUCGCCAAGUACUUCCCCUACCUGGUGCUACUGCACACCCUCAUCUUCCUGGCCUGCAGUAAUUUCUGGUUCAAGUUCCCCCGGACUAGCUCCAAAUUAGAGCACUUUGUGUCCAUCCUGCUCAAGUGUUUUGACUCGCCCUGGACCACCAGGGCUCUGUCCGAGACGGUAGUGGAGGAAAGCGACCCCAAGCCCCUGGGGAAGAUGAACGGUUUGGUGGACAAGAAGGCAUCUUGUGUCAGCGAGGACGUGGAGGCCAGCAUUCCUAUGCUCCAAAGGACUAGGUCUCGCAUCGAACAGGGCAUAGUGGACCGCUCCGACACCGGCGUCCUGGACAAGAAGGAAGGCGAGCAGGCCAAAGCUCUGUUUGAGAAGGUGAAGAAGUUCCGGAUGCACGUUGAAGAAGGGGACAUCGUUUACCGGCUCUACAUCCGCCAGACCAUCAUCAAAGUCGUCAAGUUCAUCCUGAUCAUCUGCUACACGGCCUACUAUGUGCACUACAUCAAGUUCAGUGUGAUCUGCAAGGUGGACAUUGAGAAGCUGACAGGCUAUAGGAUGUACCACUGUGCUCACCCCCUGGCCACCCUCUUCAAGAUCCUGGCCUGUUUCUAUAUCAGCCUGGUGGGGAUUUACGGUCUCAUCUGCAUGUACACCCUCUGCUGGAUGCUCAGCCGUUCCCUCAAGCGCUACUCUUUUGAGUCGAUCCGUGAGGAGAGCCAUUACAGCGACAUACCCGAUGUGAAGAAUGACUUUGCCUUCAUGCUGCACAUGAUUGACCAGUAUGACCCGCUCUACUCCAAACGGUUUGCCGUUUUCCUAUCUGAGGUGAGUGAGAACAAACUGCGUCAGCUGAACCUCAACAACGAGUGGACGCUGGACAAGCUGAGGCAACGCAUCACCAAGAACUCCCAGGAGAAACUGGAGCUGCACCUAUUCAUGCUUAGCGGAAUCCCUGACACAGUGUUUGACCUCCUAGAAUUGGAGGUGCUCAAGCUGGAGCUCAUCCCUGAUGUCACUAUCCCCCCCAUCAUUGCCCAGCUGGUCAGCCUGAGAGAGAUGUGGCUCUACCACACACCAGCCAAAAUCGAGGCCCCAGCUUUGGCCUUCCUGAGGGAGAACCUGAAGUCCCUCCACAUCAAGUUCACAGACAUCAAGGAGAUCCCUCUGUGGAUCUACAGCCUGAAGAACCUGAGUGAGCUGCACCUCACAGGGAACCUGAGCGCAGAGAACAACCGCUUCAUCGUAAUCGAUGGGCUACGGGAGCUCAAGAGGCUCAAAGUGCUCCGUCUGAAGAGCAACCUGACCAAGCUGCCUCAGGUGGUGACAGACGUCGGGGUCCACCUCCAAAAGCUGUCCAUUAACAACGAGGGCACCAAGCUAAUGGUGCUCAACAGCCUUAAGAAGAUGAUGAACCUUACAGAGCUGGAGCUGUUGCGCUGUGACCUGGAACGAAUCCCGCACUCUAUCUUCAGCCUGCACAACCUGCAGGAGAUCGACCUGAAGGAUAACAAUCUCAAGACCAUCGAGGAGAUCAUCAGCUUCCAGCACCUGCACCGGCUAGUAAGCCUGAAGCUGUGGUACAACCAGAUCGCCUACAUCCCCAUCCAGAUCGGCACCUUGACAAACAUGGAGAGGCUCUACCUAAACCGCAACAAGAUUGAGAAGAUCCCGGGCCAGCUCUUCUACUGCCGCAAACUGCGCUUCCUGGACCUGAGUCACAACAACCUGACCAGUAUACAUGCCGAUGUGGGCUUCCUCCAGAACCUGCAGUACUUUGCUGUGACGGCCAACAGGAUCGAGUCGCUCCCGCCGGAGCUGUUCCAGUGCAAGAAGCUGCGCACCCUGAACCUGGGCAACAACUGCCUGCAUACUCUACCAUCGCGCUUCGGCGAGCUGACGGGCCUGACCCAGCUGGAGCUGCGGGGUAACCGUCUGGAGUGCCUGCCCGUGGAGCUGGGGGAGUGCAGGCAGUUGAAGAGGAGCGGCCUGGUGGUGGAGGAGGACCUGUUCAAGACACUGCCCACAGAGGUCAAAGAACAGCUAUGGAGGGCCGACAAGGAGCUGGUCUGAGAGAGUCCAGAGAGAGGGAGCCUAAGGAGAGGAGGAAAGCAGGAGAGAGGAUUGGGCAGUGGAGGCUGAUGUCACUUUCAAUUGGAGGCCAAUCUCAAAUUUCUCCCUCCUUCCAGCCUCCACUAGUAUGGGGUAGGAGAAAGGGGGGAGAUGUGUCUGUAUUGCUGGACAUGCAUCCAGGGAAGGAUGGUUGAUUGGUUGGUUGUUGUCUUGGCUCUCCUGGCUGAAUUAGUCUUUUUUAGGGUAACUGGUAGGACUGCCACAAUUACAGUAUAACCGUGUAACUGAUGAAGACAGUCAUAACCAUUUAAAACAAUUUAAAAUAAACAUUUGACUGAAUAACCACAAUGCAGCAGCAUCAGCACAGAAAUAGAACAGUCUAGGUAAAUCUAAUCUUGGUAAUUUGACUGGUAAACUUGUAGAUACACUUGCAAUGGCUGCCUGAUAUUGUGAUGUAAUAAUUUCCAUGGUAAUGUAGAAUGUUCACUCAAAUUAUUUUAACUAAUGUAGCUCAUGCAAUGUAUUUUUUUGUAAUGUGAGUUGAUUGAAUCAAAUCGCAGGACAAAUUACUUCCUGCUCUCAAACUAUGGGUACACUGUCAAUAGCCGCCACUCCACCCAUUAUGCCAUAAUUUACUUGAAUUGGGAUGCCUGUUCUAUUCAUUAUAUUUCUAUGGUGCUCCUACACCUGCAUUGCUUGCUGUUUGGGGUUUUAGGCUGGGUUUCUGUACAGCACUUUGAGAUAUCAGCUGAUGUACGAAGGGCUAUAUAAAUAAAUUUGAUUUGAUAUGGCAGCACAUACAGUCUGGAGGAGAGGAGAAAAUGUAAAUCUACCAAAAAAAAUGAUACAUUAUACAUUGCUAUUCAAACAUUUAUUACGGUGACCGCGGUAGUUUGGUUGGCCAAUUAGUUAUCCAAAAUUCCAUGACCAUCACAUCCCUAGUCACAGGGUCACAAGAUGUUUAUAAACAGACUAACCAGAUGGAGACCUCUCCAACUUUGGUUCUUUUCCCCCUUGUUCUUUUAUGAAAUGAUGUGCAAAGUCGAUCGUUGUCGAAUGCUGAUUAGGGGAGGAUGAGAGACAGAAAUCUUGUGAGAUUGAGGAUUUGUUUUGUUUGUUUGUACGGAGUCAUCUCAGUAUGGGUCAAGGUUGUUAAACUAAUUUUGCUCUGGGGGCUGCAUUUGGUCUUUGAGGUCAAUCCUCCCGGACUGUCUAGCUUCCAUUAUCAUUUCUACACCGUUUCCAUUUGGUUUUAGUAAUUUUAAACUAUAUUGAGUAUGUUUCCCCACCAAAAGGAAAACAAUAUUUAUAUAAAAAUAAAAAAAACUCAAACUGACAGGUAUGUUUUGACAUUUCUGGUAUAAACAGUGGCCACAGAAAGACUACAUAAAAGAGUUGGUGUGGAAGGUUCAUGUAGCCUACAAAGCAAUAUAUGUGUGUGCUCUGUUUUCCAUCUUCACUUGGAAGUAUACAGUCCACUAGUCUGUUUAUCCAAACGCCAGUGAGAGGACGCAGGAUCUGACUGGUUAAUGAAACACUAUGGCCGAUGUAACCAAAGCAGGGCCCUGUUUUAUUAGGCACUAAAUAAUGGGAAAUGGACUGAAACUACCUGGACUUGUCCAAAAAUAACACACAUUUUUGUUUUCUGCAAAACAUUUAAAAAUGUUUGUUACCGUGUGCCCUAAUGAAAACAACCCAGAUAUUUGCACUCCAAAACAGUGACUGUGGAUACAUCAUUGGCUUAUACAGAACACAUUUGUGAGGUAUAUUCUGCAUGAAUAUCGAAGAGAUACUUUUUUAUUGAAUGGACUUGGAGUAGACAACAUUAGAAGUCAAUUGCCACCAAAGGUGAUUCCUUUAAGACCAGCCAGGCAACUCUUGUUACUUAUAUGGCCUUCCCUUUCUGGUGCUGUAAUGCAUGUCCCACGCUGUGUCAUUACAACCAUCAUGUUCAUGAUUUUGCUAAAUAUGCAGACAAAUGUAUAGCUUAUAAUGUUGUACAUUUUAUGUUUCAAGAAUUUACAUGGUAUUAUUAUUCUUACCAGCUGUUCCAAGUUAUUUUCAAAGGAGAGGGAAGCCUCACUUUGGAGGAAAGUGAGCUGAAUUCAUCUUUAAAAUGUAAUAACUACAUACAUAACUGCCCUUUUUGCAAGGUUACCAAUGGGUGUUUUGAGUCCAGCUCUGUUCUGAAAAGGCCUGUCUUGGAUUUGUUAGUAAAGGCUAGACCCCAGCUCUAAAAGGCUGGAGCAACGCUCACAGAGUAAGAGUGCAUCAGAGAAGAACAAGCAAUCCCAGAGCAGAGGCUCGCUGGUCGAGACUUGGGUGGUUGAAUACAGACCUACGUUAAUGUUGAAGUAUUAUUCUCUGACAUGUUCCUAACUUUUUGAAACAUUUGAAAACGGCAAACAGGUACACCCCAGGUCAUUCCUUAAACGGGGUGUUGUGAUCGAUGUGGUUGAGCUAUCAUAAACUGUUUUGAUCGUACCAUAGGACUAUCUCAGGGCUUCACUGAAGAGCUCAUUGAUUCACAGCUUUAAUGUGGCACAGAUUUGAAGGGGUAAAUAUGGAAACAGUUAGCGCUGACUGAAUUGGAGAAGAAAAUUGAGAUUCUGAUAAUAGAACAGGAUAAUAUAUUUCAGAAUAUAUUGUUGUGUAUAUAAUUGCUGUCACUCUUUAAAAGCCAUAUAGCGUCAGAAAGAAUCAUGUAAGCCUCUUUCAGUUCAGCUGAGGUAGUGGUUACAUGCUAUUCUUCUGUAUCACGUCUAACUCUAUAAAUGUAUUGUUUUUACACUGAACUAUUUGUAUCUAACCAGAUCUAAUGCUCCAGCUUUUUAUCCUUUUCCAUAGUCCUCCCCAACAAAUUAAAAAUCUGUUUUUAUCCUGACCUGUACUUGUACUGACCUUCAACACAGUGGGAACACUGUCACUUCCCUUAAUCACAAGAUUAGGCAUUCCCCCCCUAAAAAGCACAUUGAAAUCUCUAACUUCUAUUUCACAACCCCCCCCCCACCAGGAAACGGGUGGAGGGUGAGGUCAGCAAAGUGUUUACAGAGCAGUGGAACUAGGAAGUGUGGUAACAUUUUAUUUGGAUAGUCAAUCUGUAUAUGUUCUACAGACUAAGUUACAUUUCAGCUAACUAUCUGCUAGCCCUAACCAAUUACAUUAUAUUUUAGUCAUUUAGCUGAGGCUCUUAUCCAGAUCUACAUACAGGAGCAAAUGGGGUUAAGUGCCUUACUCAAGGGCACAUCAACAGAUUUUUCACCUAGUCUGCUUGGGGAUUCAAACCAGCGACUGGUCCAACGCUCUUAACUGCUAGGCUACCUGCCGCCCUAACCUUAACCCUUAACUUAGACCUAACCCUAACUGUAACCUUCGCAAGCAGUUGCUUAUCAACAAAGUGUGACCGGAAGUGUCUUUGACCCACAGAAAAGGCUUCCCCCGAUCAAGUCACUGUAGGAACGGUUUCUGUUCGGCGCAAAGUGUUGCAUGGUCUAGGGUCAGAUUGCAGUACCCUCAUUAUGAGCUUAGUCAUUAGGAAAUUAAAUAAUAUCUGAUCCUGUGGUUGGACAACUUCUACUGUACAUACCCCCCCCCAUCUGUAUAGGACUGUGCCAGUAUGUUCGGUACUGUAGGUAGUCAUGCCAUGGUCACAACAGUUGACCGCAAGGGUAGCAGGUAGCCAAGCGGUUGAGCAUUGGGCCAGUAACUGGAAGGUCACUGGUUUGAAGACCUGAGCCGACAAGGUGAAAAUUCUGUCUGUACCCUUGAGCAAGGCACUUAACCCUAGAGUACUCCAGAGGCACCAUAUUACUAUGGCUGACCCUGUAAAACAACACCUUUCACUGCACACAUCCUAUCUUUAUUUUAUCAUCCCAUCAGCAAUGUGACUGUUGUGAAUGUUAUUUUACAUGUAUGCAUCCCAACAUUCCUUUUAUUUCAUGUGUUUUUUGCAGAGUUACUGAAUGUUUGUUUUCAUAAGCAACAUUCAAGUUCUCAGACUGGUCAGAAAUGGUGUUCAGUGCUCGAGCUAUGCAACGCUUGCCUUAUUUCAACAGUCCUCUUGUGCAUCCAGUGUGGGUGGAGCGCCCUCCUGCUGGAGGUCUGAGUAACAGAGGAAAGUGUUCACUGUCACUUUCUCCAUUUGUUUUGUAAUGUAAAAUAAAAAAUGCUGUAAGGUUAUGUGUAUUACCAUCAAAAUAUUAGAAUUUUCUGACUCUUAAUGGCCAGUCAUUUAACCACAUUGUGUAUCAUUUGGGUAGCAUACCAAAACUGUCAAAGCAGCAUUGAUGCUUCUCAUGAUUAUGUAUUUGACCUAUUUUGGGGAAUCGUUUCUAGGUUAACUCUUAUUGUAUAUGCAUAAAUAGGCAAACUACCUACCUUUUUAAUAGGGGGUUCAUGAUACUACACUAUAUUGUUUAUGAUAGAGUUAAAAAGUUGGUCUAAAAAAAACAGCCUAUGGAAACAGUUCAGGGAGUCAGAGAAAGGCUUCUUAUUACAUAUUGUACUUGGCUUAGUUGAUAACAUAGCCAAGUUAUCACCUAACUAAUGCCAUCUUUAUUCAUUGUGUAUUCAUUCAUCGUGUUAUUUUUCCCUCUGCGAUGUUAUGAAGGGUCGUAAGUAAGCAUUUCACUGUUAGUCUACACCUGUUUUACGAAGCAUGUGACAUACAAUUUAGUUUUGUGAUAUCUCCGUAGCAUUAACAAUUGGCAUGGCCAUGGCAUGCUCUCUCAAUAUUGGGUAGGGCUAUGGAAAUGCACAUUGUCUUUCAAACAAUGCUUUUUAUUUCUUAUAAGCCAUGCUUUGGGUGGUCAACAGGACAAUGAUACAUAUUUCUGUCAGCCAACUGAAUGAGAUCAGUUGGUACAAGCCUGUAUCUAUCUUUCUUUGAUGUUUUGCUGGCUGGCAUUGUAAGGGCCCUGAUGUUUUGCUGGCUGGCAUUGUAAGGGCCCUGAUGUGUGCUGGCUGGCAUUGUAAGGGCCCUGAUGUGUGCUGGCUGGCAUUGUAAGGGCCCUGAUGUGUGCUGGCUGGCAUUGUAAGGGCCCUGAUGUGUGCUGGCUGGCAUUGUAAGGGCCCUGAUGUGUGCUGGCUGGCAUUGUAAGGGCCCUGAUGUGUGCUGGCUUUUGUUCCUGUCAGGUUUUGGUUCCUUUCCAUCUGCUUGGACAGUCUGGUCAACAUCUCAACCCACACAUUUCAUGCCAGGUUCACAUACUGUACGCCACCCACAUUGGGCGGCACUAUAAUGUUGCUCUUGUUUCAUUUAAGUGUAAAAACCUGGACCUGUCAAGUUAAUGGGCAAAUGACAAUCUGUAUCUCUUCUACAUCAGUGUUGCCCAUGUAAUGAUAAGUUUUCACUUUGUUGCCAAAAUGAGUGAACACUGGCUUUCUUAGUGGAGAAAUGAUGAAUGCCCCAGACUCUUGUAACAAUGGAAUAAUUGAGCCUUGACAACACCACAACAGUUGCUUUACUGUGCCUUUUUUUUUUUUUUUACCAUUCUGAUAUAAAUGAUAAAGUAAGACACUUA